AAAACACUGGGUAUUACCACUUCGGAUUUUCUUGAUUUGCUGGUGGACAUUGAAAAAGGCUACAACGAUAAUCCUUACCAUUCUUUCUACCAUGCUGUCGAUGUUGCUAUGGUUUUGUAUAAUAUGCUUGAGGAAUACAAUAUGUCUGAACACUUGACAAGAUUCGAUGUAGCCAUGCUUAUACUUGCAGGCUUAUGUCAUGAUAUUGGACAUCCAGGAAACAAUAAUCAUUUUGAAGUGUCUUGUCAAACAGAACUAGCUAAACAGUAUAACAAUUUAUCAGUUUUAGAAAGUCAUUCAGCCAGAGUAGCUUUGGAUCUCUUUGAUAAGCAUGAUUUGCUACGGAACGUAGAACUCAAUAGUCGCCUCUAUGGCGUAUCGAUCACUAAGGAUGAGUUCAAGUCAAAUGUCGUAAGAAUGAUUUUAGCAACAGACAUGAUUUGUCAUUUCAACUUGAAAGAUAAUGUGGAUCAUCUGCAUGCUAUUCUACAACAGAAAAAACAUUUACAUCAAACUUCAAGCAAUAUCGCCUCAGAAGCAGCUCCUGAUUUAAAAGCACUUUUCAGUACCACUGCUAAUCCAUACGAUUACUUUAAGAACACCUUUUUCACAUCUUUAAAAGAUGAUGACAUUGAUGUUGAUGAACUGUCUGAUGCAACAACAAACCAAAGUCCAUCCUUUGAUAUUUCGAAACGCUCUCAUCCAGCCCCAUUAUUGAAUAAGCAACAACGGUUAAUGAUGUGUAACAUUUUAAUUCAUGCAGCCGAUAUCAGUAAUCCUUGCCGACCAUGGCCGGUCUUCCACAAGCUCUCUCGAUUAGUUUGUGUAGAAUUCUUCAGACAAGGUGACCAAGAGCGUGCUUUAGGUCGCACAGUUACGCGGAAUAUGGACAAAACCAAAACGACACCGUCAAAAGUAAACAUAGGAUUUAUUGAUUUUAUUGUCCAGCCUUACUUUGAAGCUCUAUCAAAAUUGUUCCCAAGUAUGGCAGAAUUCGUUGAACGUUGCAAACAAAAUCGCGAAGAAUGGCUCAAACGUGGCACAGAGUCAAUUGAU